CCCCCCCCCUCCGUUUUGCUUUUUCGGGAGGUUUCCUGUAAGAAGAGGAGGAAGAAGACAGAAGGGGACGAGCAGACGAGGAAGCAGGAGCCAGACAGCUUUGUGUCGGGGACUCUUUUCUUUCUUCUCCUCCGAGGUAGUGGUCAGCAAACCUCAGCACUAAAGCCACUUCCUCGCGGAGCCCCAAAGUACACCGACUGACCUAUAUCCUGCGUAAGACGCCUAGAGAAGGAGGGCAGCAGCCUGACCGGCAUCACAGUACGGCUGAAGAUCACCUCUAGUGAGGCCACAGAAGCUGCUUUGCACAAAUCACUAAGCCAACUGGAAGACUCUCCGCUCAAAACCCCAACUUGUUACUUUUUUUGAAGUUCUUCGUACUCAACACUAGUUCAAUGUCUGAGGUUUUUGUGGAGUUCCAACUCUUUUUAAUCUUCCUGGCUUAUUUGGACACUUGAACAUUUUGAUCAAAAAAAAAUCAAUGAGGCUCUCUCUUCAAGGAGCACAAAUACCUCAUCCGGAAUUUUUUGCUGACCCUGCUACAUAGAUCACACUUCUUAUUAACACAGCAGAAGGCUCAUACCGUUCCCUUUGCUAGAGUCAAUCUCUGGCCCCCAGUUGGGAACAAAAUGGAAAGUCUCCAUCUUCACCUUCCAUCCUCCAGCAACAAGAAUGCCAUGGAUGUAGACACUUUUUCUAACUACAGCGGAAGCCUCCCAUCCCCUGAUCCCGAAAGUGGAGGGCGCGGCAGUCGCCAAUCUAAAGGUAGCAAGUCUUCUUUGACGUCUCGUCGCAAGCGGGAGUUCAUUUCUGACGAAAAGAAAGAUGCUUCCUAUUGGGAAAAACGCAGGAAGAACAAUGAAGCAGCCAAGCGCUCAAGGGAAAAGCGUCGCCUUAAUGACAUGGUGCUAGAGAACCGGGUCAUGGCGCUGAAUGAGGAGAAUGUUCGUCUCAAGACAGAACUCCUUCAGCUCAAGUUACGCUUUGGCCUCAUUAGCACAGCCGUCUACAUGGAGAAAAGUCAGCAGAUUGCCAACAGCGCUGCAAAUGCCAACAGUGGUAGCAACGGGAGCAGCACCCCAAACAGUAACACCUACCUCUCAAGCAGUGGAUACUCCAGUGCGUCCCAGGUGAUGCUAAAUUCAGACUCUUCUGAACCUGAGCAGUCGAGCCGUGGUGAGCGCCACACAAUGCUCCACAAAUACUCUCCCCGUGGCUCCAUCUCUGACCUGUCAGACAGUUCCUCCAGGGACAGCCCAGAACCCAUGGGCUACAACAUAAAGGAGGAGCCCUCAAGUUUAGAGAUGGCCAGGCUGGAAAGCAACGAGAUUCCAGAUGUGCUAGCUAAUGGGUUACCAAAUGGAGUGCCAACUGGGGCUUACCAUGGCAACCACGCUGCUCUGGUUUCUCCUCACCAGCAGAGCACCCCAGUGUCUGAAGGUGCCAUGGACUACCAACACCACCAACCGCAGCAACAACAGUGUCAAAUGGAUGCCUCCAGCCCAGCUCCCCAGGCCACCUCUGCACAGAGGAGCGUUAUCUUGUACCGCUCCAGCAGUGGCUGUUACCCCAUGGAAAGCCAGAGGUCAGAUGGCCAGCAGGUCCAGCAGAGCAGACCGCCACAGCUUUUCCAGCAACCCUCAACCUCCAAGUUCUCUGACUGCUCAUUGACCAUCACCGAGGUCGCUGAGAAGCUAGAGAGGACAAAGACCAUGGACUCGCCUCAGUAUGAAUACACCAAUGGUCAUGCUGAGUCGGUAGAGGAGCUUCAGGAGAAGUACAAUCCCAGUGCCCAACAGCAGCAUUAUAGCUACCAGGGUCAGGAGAGUGGUCGUCAGCAGGCAGAAAGACACCAGAACCCUUUUGCCCCUGAGCUGACCCACAACACUGAGGAAGGCAAGUCCUCCUUUGUGCAGCACAACGGCUACCUCAACACACUGGAUGAAGAGCCCCCAGUGCUCACCUACGAGGGGGGCCCCCGAGCUGAUGGUUUCUACCAGGAGACCUCCACUAAGGACACCUCUUCCAGUGAUGGGGACCCUCGUAGUUCUGACAAGGAGGCUUCCACAGAUGAUGAGUCACCCGCCUUAGACAUCAGCCGCUACCACCAGAAGGCAGCUGGAGCUGCCACUUUUCAUGGAGAGUGUCCAGCCGAGGUCAAAGCCACUGCUCUGCCACACAAGCUCCGUCUCAAGUACAGAGCACUGUCCAGUGGGGCAGCAGGAGCUCAGAUGGAGGGACCAGUCAACACCUCCAUGUCCCCCUCUCCCACCUUGCCCCAGCACCCGUACUUAGCUCUACCCAGCAACCCUCACAGCAGCCACGCCAAUGGGGAGAGCAAAGAGGUAGAGAAUGACACUGAGUAUGCAGAAGUGGUUAAGACUGUAAAUGAGAGGACGGACGCUAAGAAGGAGGAACUAAAAAAGGGAUCCAGCAGUGGGAGGGGUGGGCGUAAUAAGAGGCGAGAAUAAGGACAAUUGGGACCAGCUCGAGCAUCUGCUCUUGGUUGUCUAUAUCAGACAGACAACUACAACUCGGACUCACAUCGCCACCUUACAAGACAGAAAUGAAGACAGUGAUUUGUGUGAGGUGUAGUUAGGAUGUGAUUUCACCAUCAAGUUCACUGUGUCACCUGUUCUUUUUCUCUGUACUCUCUCCUACCUCCCACAUAUCUCUCAAUUUACAAUAACAAAUCUCUCAUCGAGGGAGGGGAAAGAAUGAAACUCUCCAGAGAUGGAGUCUGGGAUAUUGCUCUCGUGGAAAAUUCAACGAUAUUCAAUUAUUCAUUAUUGUAAGCUGCCUGGGUGGCUGGUCCGCAUUUACCGUGGCAUUCUGGGAACAUUCCUUUGACCAAAGAUACACAUCCUUCCUUUUUUGGCUAAGAGUGACAUUCUUCCUCCCUCCGAACCCAUCCGAACCAUUUGAUCCCAAACCCACUCAUCAUCUGCACACAAGUUCUCUUACAUUCUGAAGCACUUAGAUUGUAUAUUACUGUGACAUAUAAAUUUGCAUAUAUGGAAUAUAUUUUAAGAAUAAAAAAAGUGGCAAAAAAUAAACAAAAAAAAGUUGUGGGAUAAUGGAAGUUGUAGACUUUAAAGUGAUCAGUUUGUUCUUGUGGAGACACCGUGUACAGUCCCUCUUUGUCUAGAAAAUGACUCAAAGAAUACUUUGAGUAUGAGCCACAACUUAUAAAAAAAAAAAAGGAAAAAAAAGUUUGUUUCUGACUCAGCUCCGGUUCCUCGUUCAGGUGAUCCAAGCUCUUCGACACUCAAAGCUGUCAGAGCAGUCAAGGCCAGUUACUCUUGUAUAAAUCAAGGCUAUGCAGUCACACAUUGCUGUCGGCAAAACCAGACAAGCACAAGGCGAGCCUCGUCUGCAGGCCGUUCAACAGAAAUCAAUAAAUCUUCAUUUUCCAGACGAACGUCGUCUGUCUAAUAAAUGAAAUGGCUCUCCGGUCGUAACCAGCAAAGCUGCUCUCGCUUCAUAAGGUGCCUCUUUAUUGUGUUGUCCCUCGUCCCCUCAAUGUCCAAACGACCCCACUCACCUCUGCACUGAGUUGUUUUAGCUACAGUAGCUGCAGUAGAUCACACACGUCUGUACAACUGUUUCACUUCCUGGUGCCUGCCUUUGGUCACUAUGUAUAAAUGUAAAUUUGUCUCUAUCUCUUGUAUGCUGCUGUCAUUAUUUUAUUAUUAUUUUAUUAAUAUUGUUAUUUUCUAUUAUAUUCUGUUAUUAUUUUGGCUUUUAUUAUGUGUAUUUUUAUGUCAUCCUGUUGUGUCAUUUUGCUCAAUGCUCUUCCUGGUUGUGCCGUGUAUUAAACCCUCGCUGCCCUUUGCCCCAGUUACCAUUUGUACUACGUGUUACUGUAUAACCCUUGCUGUUUGCCGAAAGGCUUUCCGAAAAUGGAAGACAAAAAAAUUCAAUGAGGCUCGUCCAGAAGUGAUUAUGUAUUGCUAUACUUCACGUGGAUAUGCAAAAUGGUCAGAAAAAAAACACUCAUUUUGGAAUGUGAAAGAUUCAAAAUGGGGGCGAAAAAAUAAAAAGGUUGUUGAAUUUACAAA